AUGCCCGCUAUCGGUAAGCCGAAUGAGGCGGCAGUGGCCUGUAUUGGUGGGCAGUCCUUCGAGAUGAAGUCUUUGAACAACUCCAAUGCCCGCUUGGUGUGUCAGGUGGUCGAAGGGGGAAGAGUCGAAGUAGCAUGCAAUCAACGAGAUACGUUCGUGCUAGAGCCUAUUGGGCCUAAGAUCAACCACAACGCUGUAGCAUCGGUGCUGGAGGAACAGAAAGGUGACGUGGAAGGGAUUGAUGAUAGGAAGAGGUUGAAGCAUGCACUGCAAGCAAGUGACGAAGAGGUUGAUGCCUUUUUGGAUGACCCACAGUCUAAGAUUGUUACUGACAAUGCCGGCAGGAUAAUCGUCAUGGACGAAAACUUCAUCGUUGAAACUUUGGAUUUGGUCAGUCUUCGUGUCACCGUCCGCAUCACCGCUUAUCGUCAGAUACUCUCAGUGCUCCCAGACUGUUGCGAUGCCGCCUCCGAAGAGGAUGGGGGCCGCAUUCACGUUGAUGUUGAGGAGUGUUGGCAAGCAUUGGAUUCGGUGUGCGACUCUGAGGGUAGAUCGACGCCGCCGCUCAGUGUCGUAGCCCGUCUGCUAGCAUCCCUCGCGACGGAGAAUACGGCUAAGUCGCGAACUAACAUCGAGUUAGACGAGGGAAGGAUUCGGGUCGCUCGAGCGGCCCAGAUUGUGUGUCAGCGAGGAAGCUUGCCUUUGAAGGAGUUCGAGGAGCAAUUUGCGUGA